AUGAGGAGGCAGAACAUAAAUUGGAAACAGAUCUUAGGCGUGCCCUGGUUUGAUCCCUCCGUUGAAAGUCUUGCUCUAUUGCCUAACAAAAGACAUGUCAUUAAAUAUAUAGCAUGUUUUAAUGACUUCAAGACAUAUAACAAGAAAUAUUUUAGUGUCUCUAGUAACCAUUUGUGGAUACUUCUUUUUUCCUAUCCGUGUUCCAAGAAGCGUUUUUACCUUCGGGAGCAUGUAAUUGACAUUCAAUUGUUAAAAAUAAAUGUACCUCAACACGAGUCUCCAAUGCACGAAUCCGAUCCUCCCUUGCAUCCAGUCAGAAGCAUUAACAAAGAGAAUACGUUAAACUUACUUCAAGCCAAGGCUGAAAGUCUUCCGAACUGCUCAGCUGCUGCGGGUGCAACAGGAGCUGCAGGUGGUGCAGCUAAUGGUGGUGGUGGUGGUGGCGGUAGCGGUGGUCCAGUUACACUUGGUGGUGCUGGCGCCAGUGGUGGUGAUGGCUCCCUAGGUGGUGCUGGUUCCGGUGGUGGUGGUGGUGCUAGCUCUGGUGGUGGUGCUGGUUCUGGUGGUGGUGGUGGUACUGGUGGUGGUGCUGGUACUGGUGGUGGUUGUGGUGGCUCUGGUGCAGCUGGAUGUGGGGGUGGUGAUGGUGGUGGUGAUGGUGGUGGUGAUGGUGGUGGUGAUGGUGGUGGUGAUGGUGGUGGUGAUGGUGGUGGUGAUGGUGGUGGUGAUGGUGGUGGUGCUGGUGCAGCUGGUGGCUGCGGUAGUGGUGGUGGUGGAUCUCGGUUUACUCUCCUCCUCCGUCGCUCUCUCACAUAAA